GAGCCUAUGAUCUACUCGCAGAGGAGGAGCACGAAAGGGACGGCGAGACCAGACGUGCGACGGAGGUGUUGGGUCAGGAGACAAAGGAGGAGUAACAGGAGGGGAACGAGGUGGGAAACGGGCCGGGGACCAGUCCGGCGGAGGAAACACGGGUCCGUGGACAGGAAGGGGAGGAGGCGGCGGGGGAGGCGCAGGCGAGCGACGGAAGCUUGCAUGUGCAUCGAUUACCGAGCUCUCAACAACCAGACCAUCAAGAACAAAUACCCAAUCCACGAAUCGAUGACCUGCUUGACCAGCUUCAGGGAGCCACGGUAUGUUCCAAAUGAAUAUGCGGUCCGGAUAUGGCAGAUACGAAUGGCGGACAAUUCCAUCCACAAACUGCCUUCCGAAUUCGGUACGGGUCAUACGCGUAUCCGUAAUGCCGUUGGACUCACCAAUGCACCGGCAACAUUCCAAGCUGAAAUGAACCAUAUUCUACGCCCACUCUUGGACGAAUGCGUGGUGGUGUACCUGGACGACAUCCUCAUCUACUCGUGCGCAUGCAGCAGCACGUCCCACACCUGCGACGCGUCUUCGACAUUCUCCGACGAGAACAAUUCUAUGUCAAAUCAUCCAAGAGCGAAUUCCCCUCGAGAAAGUCCAAUUCCUAGGACACAUGUACGAAAAAUUGCAACACCACUCACGAAUCUGCUGAAGAAGAACACGCCCUGUACGUGGGAACCUAAACAUCAGGAAGUCGUGGAGCAGCUGAAACAAGCACUCACGUCCACACCCAUACUCAUCUUGCCAGACCCCGAACGCGACUAUGUCAUCGAAGCUGACGCUAGUGACCAGGCGUGGAGCAGUCUUAAUGCAAGACCAGGGGAAUGGACUGCAACCAAUUGCCUAUCUCAGCAAGAAACUACACGGGCAGAACAAACUACCGAUACACGACAAGGAGCCCUUGCUAUUUCAUCACCUUCAAAACUAAGCAGAAAAAAAACAGGACCGCUACAGCCUCAACCUGUCCCAGAACAGCCAUGGCAAGUGGUUAGCCUGGAUUUCAUAACCGGGUUACCAAUUACUACAAGUGGUCAUGACGCAAUCCUCGUCACAAUCAACAAAUUCUCCAAAAUGAUACACUUCAUCCCGACACACACGACAGCACGCACCGAAGAGACAGCACAACUAUUCGUUUGCUAUAUCUUUUCACAACAUGGCAUUCCAACCACACUCAUCUCCGACCGAGACCCCAAGUUUACCAGCAAGUUCUGGAAGGAACUGAUGUCUCUGCUUGGACCAAACUCGCCAUGUCAUCCGCCUACCAUCCGCAGACAGAUGGAUAGACCGAGCACCUAAACCAAAUUGUAGAGCAACUCCUCCACGCA